GCCAUUUUUUCAAUGCGAGACUCGGCCUGCAUAAAUUAUGUUCAUGACGUAGUGCAAAAGAGCAAAUUUGUGUUAAUUUUCCGCCACUUUUCUGCAGAUAAGGGUUUACCUUGGCUAUUAAGGUGCGCUUGCUUCACCGGCACGACAGUUAACAGAGAGACGUCAUUAAAUAUGUAGUUAAAAAGAGGACCAGCGCUUUCCCGAGCCUCCUUAUCCAUGCAAAUAGCUCUUUUGUGUGCGUUCGUAGCGCGCGUCGGAAGCUGUGAGGUGAAUUUUUAAUUAUGCAUAUUUAAAACAAACUGGCAAAGCUCGACGAAGGAGGAGAAAUAAAGAAAAUAUCCCACCUUUCAGCGGGGGUACUGUGGAGCUGAUAACAUCCCCUUCAACCACUAUGCAGAAUCAGUGAUCUCCUCAGAGCUUAGACUUCAUCAUGGACACUGAGGAUCUCCCUGCAAACAAUGCGCCACUCACCGUCAAUGAACAGCUUUUAGGUUCCUGCACUUUGAAAUUCCCAGCACAAGACGACCAGGUCCUGACUCAGGAUGGUUUGGCCUCUCUGAUGACUGGCAUGCUUGCCCAGCAGGGUUCUCUGGGUCAGCCCCUGCUCAUACCUCUGAGUAUGGCUGGAUCUGUGGGGGGUCAGGGGGGUCUGGCAGUGCUCACCUGGCCCACCGCCACUGUCGCCACCCUCCCUGGUCUCGCUGCAGCCAGCCCUGCCGGAGGACUGCUGAAGCUGCCAUUUGCAGGACUGCAAGCUGCUACUGUGUUGAACGCUCUCCAGACGCAGCUGCAGUCACCUGCGCAGGCAGUCCUGCAGCCCCAGGUGUCUGCGGUGCAGGCGGCUGUGCAGCCAACGCAGACCAUACCAGCCACCACUGCGUCUGUUGUUCAGAAGGUGUCAGAGCCCAGUGCCUCGGUCGCAACACUUCAGACUGCAGGCCUGUCCAUCAACCCUGCUAUUAUUAGUGCAGCUUCUCUGGGAGCUCAGCCUCAGUUCAUCAGCUCUCUCACUACAACUCCCAUCAUCACCAGUGCCAUGUCUAAUGUGGCAGGACUCACAGGUCAACUCAUUACCAAUGCACAGGGCCAAGUAAUUGGAACACUUCCCCUGCUGGUCAACCCUGCAUCACUGGCUGGAGCUGCAGCAGCCUCUGCGUUACCUGCUCAAGGUCUGCAGCUCCAGACUGUGUGCCCACAGCUGCUCCUCAACUCCCAGGGCCAGAUCAUUGCUACAAUAGGAAACAGUCCAACAGCUGCUGCCCCGUCCGCCGCCUCCGUCCUCCCCAAAGCCACUGUGCCCCUGACACUCACCAAGACCAGCACACCGGGUCCUGUUGGGAAAGUGGCGCCAUCUAAAGUCAUUAUUGCUCCCCAGCCGCAAGUGGUUAAAUCAGUCACAUCCCUCACCUCUACCGGUGCCAUCGUCUGUGGAGACAUGCCUACCGUGGGGCAGCUUGUCAGCAAACCACAGUCUGCUGUGAAUGAAGAAGAGGCCAUUAAUCUGGAGGAGAUCCGAGAGUUUGCCAAGAAUUUUAAGAUUCGACGGCUCUCUCUGGGGUUGACACAGACUCAAGUGGGUCAGGCUCUCACCGCUACGGAGGGUCCCGCCUACAGUCAGUCAGCCAUCUGCAGAUUUGAGAAGCUUGACAUCACUCCUAAAAGUGCCCAGAAGUUGAAACCCGUGCUGGAGCGCUGGCUGGCAGAGGCUGAGCUCUGGAAUCAGAAAGGUCAGCAGAACUUGAUGGAGUUUGUGGGCGGAGAGCCCUCCAAGAAGCGCAAGAGGAGAACCAGCUUCACACCGCAGGCCAUCGAGGUCCUCAACACUUACUUUGAGAAAAACUCCCUUCCCACUGGCCAAGAGAUUACAGAGAUCGCCAAGGAGCUGAACUACGACCGAGAGGUUGUUCGGGUCUGGUUUUGUAACCGUCGACAGACUCUGAAAAACACUAGCAAGAUCAACUUGUUUCAGGUCCGGUAGAGCUAUGGUACGUC